AUGGACUUCCGACCAAACACUCCGAAGGGUUUCAUGUCGGCAGUUUUCUGCUCGAUGGCACUGCCGUGUAUGCUAUGCCCGGGCUGGGUGAUUAAGCUUGGCUUCACGGAGAAGAUGCAACCAAGGGACGAACAUGAGGCUGCACGCACCGAGCUGAUGAUGCGCUGCUUUGGUUCGCAGGCGAUGCUGUCUGGAAUCGCCAUGUCCGUGGGCGAGUGGAAGCCGGUGGCGUACAAAGUGUGGAUCGGUGGAAUUCUGCCGUUCUUUGUCUUUGAUUUUGUGGCGUGGAAAAAGGGGUACAUCAACUCAUUGGGCGCAGUUUUCGAUGCGAUCGGCAACGUUAUCUUUGUGACGUGCUCGUUGCUGGCGCUGGUGAAUGAUGGGAAGCAAGAAUGA